AUGUCUGGCGCGGCAGCUAUGGAGAACUAUGGCACGCCGCCCAGAACGGCACCAUCGACUGAAGCAAUUCAUACAUGGAGCAACGCAGCCGCAGAUGGGGACAUUGAGACUCGAGUACUACGCACAAUGCCUCUGGAAGUACCUAGGACAACUGAAUCGUCUUCCACAAGUACUCGUCGAGCAAGGCGCUGGCGCUGUGCCGUAAACAUCGUAGGCCCUAAUUCUAGCCGGAAUAUGAAGAGAUUACCAAGUCCUUAG